AGGCGAAUGAUCGAUCCAACAGACAUUCCUUUCCAUACUACUUCAGACUCAAUAAUUUACACUUCAGCAUGUUGGCCGCAAAUGUGAUCCUCAGAAAUAAUCGAGGCGUGUUUUCAUAUGUAAUUAAUUAUCUAACUCCUGUAAUUUACGUUUUAACUGCUGCUUUGCUGUAGUUUUGAAUAUGGUCUGGUUAACAAUAAAGCAACAAUGUUGGCACACGUACAAACAUAACGUAUUGCAUUUGUUGCGUUUCACAAUGGGCAAGUAUAAAUGUAAUGUAUUGAAUGUCGAUUAUUUUCCAUUUCCGGGUAUCGUGUUUACUCGAUAUUACGAGCAUAUUAUGCUCUUCAAAAAUAUGUGUGAUCAGUUAAUAUCAACGUGACUAGUUUGUUCCAAUAAUUAAAAUGCAAACUGGUGCCCUUGUGACAAGAGAUAUGUCUCCAGAAAAGAAAAAAGUUGACCUUGACAGGAAUUACAGUGAAGAAACCUUUUACACUGAUUCUAGUGAAGACAUGCGUUCAAAAUGUAAGAGCGCAGCAACAUUGCUUCAAAAAAAGAGGCAACUCAGACCUAUUAAUGGUACAGGCAACCCAUACAGAAGUUCAACCAGACUAACAUUAACAUCAUCAUCAAAAAAUAAUGUGAGUUUAGUUGCACAGAAAAUAAUGUCAGCAAAGUUGCUUCGUGUGAAACAAUUGCAAAAUGAACUCACUGAUGCUCAGUUCCAGUUAAAUGAAUUGUCUACUGAAAAUAGAAUCUUGAGGACUUUACAAAAACGUCAAGACAUGGCUUUAAAGAAAUAUGAAGGUACUCAAGCGGAGUUACCACAGCUCAUUCGUUCUCAUAAUGAAGAAGUGAGAACUUUGAAGACCAAAUUGAAGCAGGUUAAAAAUCAGUGCAAAGAAUUAGAUAACAAUUUGAAGAUGAGAGAAACUGAAUUAUCUGCUCUCCAGGAGCAGCACAGACAUCUCAUAAAAUUAUCAAAAAACAAACAUUUAGGUGAACGUGAACAGCUGCAACAACAACUGGAGCAUAUGCAAGACUUACUGAAGGAACAAGACAAGAAAAUACAAGUGUUAACAAGGAAGUUGAUGUUAGAAAGCAAAAAUUAUAAGCAUCAAUUGACUUCUGAAAUUGCACGUCACAAGAGAACUUCAAAAGAAUUGGAUAUAGCCUUGGAGAGAAUUGCACAACUGGAAUCAGUGUUAGUAGCAAAGGAAAAGUACAUAGCAGUGAACUUAGCUCGAGCACAUUCUAAUCUGCCUGUCUCAGCUGCAACUCUUGGACCACAGAGCAGGUUCCCGUUAUUCCAGAGUCAAACACAAAGUGCUGCUGCAAGAAUUCCAUCUCAGAAACAUUACAGUUUUGAGCCACCUGAACAUGAUCAGAAAGACCAUUCUGAGGGAGAUGGAAAUGGGGUUGAAGAAAAUGAAGUUUCUGUGCAAGAAGAGCAAAGGCAUAAAGAACCAAUCCUUGAAACGAGUGAAACCAAUAAUUUUUCUGAACAAAAUGCUCACGGAAUAUCUUGUGGGAAAGAAGAAAUUAUAGAGGAAGAAGAAGAGGAAGAAGAUGAUACAGAUGAUGAUUAUCAUCAAUAUCUGUUAAGUGAAUCAACUGAAUGCCCUUCUUAUACAUCGCAGAUGACUGCUAGCAAGAGCAUAGAAAAUGUUACAAAGGAUUUUAAAGAUACAUUCAAAGAAAAUGAAACAAAGCUGAAAGACAUUACAAACAAUUUUGGAAGUCCACAAGAUGUGAAUAUUCCAUGCCCACAAGCACUAUUUCUUCCAGAUGUAGAAGUACAUGACGAGAUUAAAUCAAUAAAGAAAAGAAAUCCAUUACGACGGUAUUCUGUAUCAGGAGACAGUGAAUUAAUUGUCAAUGACCAUGUCACUAACAACACUCGUAGAGGAUCUCUGAAUGGAGCAGGAGAUAGUGGGACUGCAAGUUCAGGUAAACGAGUAAUUCAGAAGUCUCCAAUGAUUCAGAAUUCUGAUGACCCAAUAGAUUUUGGAUGCAAUGAGCAUGCCAAACGAAAUCAUUUCUGUGGAAAUAACUCUGAAAUGACAAAUGUAAUAACAAAUUCUUCAGAAAUUUCCCAAUCAGAUAUGACUGCAGAGGAACAUCAACUGCAUUUCAAAGCAAUCAAUAGUACUUGGAAUGAGAUACAGAAUAGAAUAAGAGAUGAAACCAUCAGAGCACAAUCAGUAAUUGAAAAAUAUGAUGAAGAACAAAGAAAUGUUGGGAAGCAAAUAGGAAAGAAGGCUGGAAUGUCGGAAUCAUAUGAUAAAAAUCACUUAUUAGCAGCUCUGAGAGCUAUUGAAGGGGGUGCUGACCCUGUAGAAUUAAAUGAUCACAAAGAUAAAGAAUUCCACUUACCUAUUUGCAAAUCCAAGAAAGUGGAAUAUGGUAAUGUUUCACAAGCUGUAGAAAACAUUCAUCGAGGUAUUCCAACUCGUGCUAGCAGUUCAGUACCUUCCAUUGAGAAACCGGCAAAGGAAGGUAAUGUCUUUUGGGAGAAUGAUAGUAUCUCACCUCCAAAUUUGGUACGUUCAGAAAUGGAUAUGCCAAAACCAAAGUCAGACAUAAUGCGUGAAAUAUUUGGUCAUCAUAAAUAAGUGUAAAAUGAAACUUUGAUGGAGACAGACAAAAGUUAAAAGUAACAAAUUCUAGAACAUAAAUUAUAUAAUUUAUUCUGAUAGCCUACAAUAAAUAUUCAGUACCUGGCAAGUGUAAUUGUAAUGUACCUUCAUGAGUAAUAAAAUUAUAACUCAGUUUAAUUAUUAAUGAUAUUUGUCAUAGGUAUUCACAAUGUCCAUACUGUUCAUGAUCUGGGUGCCUUCAUGAGUUCACAAUUCCAGGAGGAGCUUCUUCUUAAAUAAUUAAUCAUCACAUGUAGAAUAAGAAAAAUAACAUAGGCUGAAUUCUGAAAACAAUUUUGGAAUGAUAACUCGUUUUAAAAUAUACUAACAACUUUCCUGACAUGAUUGUAUAAAAGAAGAUUUUUAAAAUGGUGCAAGUAGUUUUUGAAAAUAGAAGCAAUUAUUAAAAAACAGCAUAUAAAAUGAGAACAAAAAAAAAAAGUUUGCUAAAAUUAGGAUGGAUACCAAAACUUUGAGAUAUUUCUCCUUUGUUUACGUUUUUUCCUUUGUCACCAAGGAUGAAGUCAAUGAUUAGCCACAGGCAACUUGUUCAUGUUCUUAACCCUUUCAAGCCACAAUUAUUUAUGGGUACAUUGCUUUAUUUGAAAUUGAAAGAUUUCAUGUAGUGCCUUAGAUGAUGAAUUUGGUUUCUGUUUGUUAUUUUCUGUCUUUAUUACAUUGUAGACUGGUAUAUAGAUAUUUUGCUAGGCUCUUAUACUGGAAAUUAGUGGAAAAAACAACUACAAUAUUGAAUAUAAUACAAGUGUGUAAAACAUGUUAUGAUUGUCACUCUCUAUGCUAUCUCAUCCAGUCACAUAUUUACCAUUUUUGAGGCUCGAAGAAAAAAUAUUUUUGAGGCCGCUCUUUUUACUGUCAGUAAUAACAUAUUUGAAUUUGGAGAUUUUAAUAUUUUUAUUAAAAACUAAUUAAACAAAUAAAACAUGCAUUCAAAUAAUAAUUUUAUUAAAGUUUUUAAUUUAAAAGUUUAUAACAAUCAUCUAUAAUAUAAUAUUCUGUUUUUGAUUUAUUUAGUAAAAAACUGGUAAUAAUUGCAUGUGACAUGUGGAAGAGAAGAUCACAUGCACUUGUUUUCGGGAGAUUCAGAAUCCAUUCCAACAUUUUAACUGAAAAUUGUUGAAAAAUGUAUAAAAGUUAAAGAAAAUAAAAUUAAAAAAAAUGUGUGAUUAGCAACAUUUGUAGAAACAACACAUUUUCGUUCUCAAGUUAUAGAAAACUUAUAUUGGUAGACAAACUCCAGAUUUGACUUUUCUGCAUUUCUAACAAAAUAGUAACUCAUCCCUAGCUCUCCUCAAGCUAAAGGAUGCAACAAGCUGCACUGCAAGCAAAAGGAGAGUUCAACAAAAUGUA